CAUAGUUGCAUAGCAACGGCGUCAAGUCGAAAUGGACUGAUUAUCGGAGAAGUUGAUUUCCCUCAUUUUAAAUCUUUUUUUGACGAAUUAUUGCUUGAAAAUUUGAAAUGUCUGAUAAACCCGAAUCACCAAAGAUACCCGAGGCUGGUGAUCCACCUAUGGAAAAUGCGAAUCAAGUAUCAGCUGAGCAGGACCAAGAGAAUUCAUUGACAGAAAAUGCACAGCCAAUGGCAGAACAAAAUGUAAACAGUGGCGAAACGGAAGCAGUUGAAAAUGAUGCGGAUGUUAAACCUGAUGAAUCUGUAAAGCAAGAAAAUGACGGCACCACUAGCAGUGAACCAGAGGAAAGGGGUGAUCCUUUUGAAAAUAGUGGUUCGAACUUGUCUGAAUCUGUGAAUGUAAUUCAGAAUCAAAAUGCUGAUCAGGAUGUGGAGAAUGGAGAGGCUGCUAAUGAACAGUCAGUUGAACCUCCAGCAGAAAAUGCAGGACAAGGUGAUCAAGAAGAAACAGAAGCUCCGGUUGAGGCCUUGACUGAAGAACAACCUGAACAAGUGGAUGAACCAAAAGAGCAAGAUGAUGAACAACAAGAUCAGACAGCAAAUGAAGAAAAUAAGGAAAAUGAAAUUGAACUAGAGAAAGAGAAAACAGAAGGCGAGGUUGAACUAGAGAAAGAAAAAACACAGGAUGAAGUUGAACCAGGAGAAGAGAAAACACAAGAUGAAGAUGAAUCAGAGAAAGAGAAAACAGAAGGCGAGGUUGAACUAGAGAAAGAAAAAACACAGGAUGAAGUUGAACCAGGAGAAGAGAAAACACAAGAUGAAGUUGAACCAGAGAAAGAGAAAACACAAGAUGGAGUUGUGCCAGGGAUAGAAGAAAAUCCAGUUGUUAGUGCUGAAGCAACUGAGGGAGAAUUAGAAACACGUGAAACAACUUCACCUCAAAUUCCUGUUGCACCGCCUGUCAAUCAGAACAUGUUACCAUCAGUAUCUCGACUCCUUUCACCUGAUCAAGAUGGAACUGAAACCUCAAUGGAAGGAACAAUGUCAAAUUCUGCAUUAAAUAUUAUCUGGUCGUUUGGUUUGAAUCGAGAUGUUCCUGUUUUAAAUUUAACAGACAAAGAUCGUAAAAUGAUAUUGUAUCCAUGUGCACAUGUUGGUGUUUUAUAUGAUUUUCAAAAUAAUAAACAACACAUUUUACAAGGACAUACAAAUGCUAUAACAUGUAGUUGUGUAAGCGAAGAUAAGAAAUGGUUAGUAACUGGUGAUAAAGGUGAAGAUGCUAUGGUAAUUGUAUGGGACACCACUACAGGCACACCAAUCCAAACAUUGUUUGAUCUGAAUCCUGAUGGAGGGGUUGUUGCUGUAGCUCUUACUCCUGACGCUAGGUACCUAGCAACAUUGAGCAGUGCCAGAAGCCAGAUAUUGUCCAUAUGGGAUUGGACCAUUGAUGGUGAAUCACCAAUCUGUACGGCUCAGUUAAGUCCAGAUUAUGGAGUACAGAAUUUUAUUUAUUUUAAUCCAGAAGAUUUCCAUUAUCUGGUUACUAAUAGCUCAUCACAAGUUAUAUUCUGCCAUUGGGAUGAAAGACAUUUAGAAUAUUUUGCCCCACCCCUCUCUGAUCAAGAUUUUAAUAAACAAGUUGGAAAUUACAGUCAGUCUAUAUUUCAAAGUAAUAGUUCCCGGGCAUUAACAGGAACGUCUAUUGGUAAUCUGGUUGUAUGGGAUAACAAUAAACCAUUAACAAAAGUUGUGAGUACAGAACAAUCUGCUGAUAAAAAAGCUUUAAAGAUAAUAAAAUUACAGGAUCGAGGAAUCAAUGUUCUUACUACAACAGACAAGUAUAUUGUAGUAGGAGAUAUGGCCGGACAUGUUAAAUUCUUUGAUCAGACGCUCAAACUUAUUUAUUGGUAUCAAGAUUUUCACCUUGGUCCAAUAACAUCAGUUUCUUUUUCACACAUUCCAGAAUUUGCUCCAAUUGCUCCAGAAGGUAGUAAAUAUCCUGGAGACGCCACCAUUUCAGCCAAAAACUUUGUCAUCAGAGAUUUUGUUGUGGGAACCAACAUUGCCAUAUUUGGUAAUGUGACAGCAGAUGGAACCAAAGUUCAGGUUAUUCACAGAGAACAUGAUGCAGCUAUUCAUGCAUUAUCAACUCAUCCAAAAAUGCCUUAUCUUGUUAUUGGAAGUUAUUCAGGGCUGAUACAAAUCUGGAAUUAUGAAAAAAGGACUGUGAUGGUAUCAAGAACAUUUGAAAGAGGUUUACACAUCAGAUGUAGCAGUUUUGAUCCCAAAGGAGAAUAUUUAGCUGUUGGAUUUACAAAUGGUACAGUUAGAAUCUUGGAUGCUAUAACAUUAAAUGAUGAAAUGUCUGAACCAUUCCGUUAUUCAAGAGAUGCCAUAACACAUUUAGUUUUUUCCCAUAAUUCAGUUUAUUUAGCAGCAGCUGAUGCAGAACAUUCUUUAACAGUUUAUAAAAAACAAAACAGUGCAGAAGAUCCUUUUGAUUAUUUAGGAAGAUAUAGAGCUCAUUAUAAACCUAUUAAUGAUGUUUUAUUUGGUAUUCACCUGGAUUCUAACCUUCCCCGCCUUAUGACAUUAGGUGAAGACAGAUUUUUGGUUGAGUAUGAUUUAGUAGCAUCAGUUCGUGAUAAUCUCGUUAUAGCUAGUUCAGAUAGAAUAGAACAAAGUGGUAUACCUAAAUGUAUGGCAUGGUAUCCACCCAUAACUAAAGAACAUUUCCUUAUAACAGCUAAUGAUCAGUACAAAUUUAAAUUAUUUAAUGCAACAACAAAGAUGUGUCGCAGAACAUUAUUAGGACCAACGUAUGGUUCUCCAGUUUUAAAAGUGUCUAUUUUACCAACAAAAGAACAAACAUUAGAUGGUAUGGAGAAAAGAUAUUUAGCUUACCAUACAGAAGAUAAAGUUGGUCUACAUAUUUUACCACUUGAUGGUAAUCCUCAUAAUUCAAUGGCUUUAAUAGCACAUCCUAAUGGUGUUUCAAACUUAGUAUGUAGUUAUGAUGGAAGAUAUCUGUUUACAGCAGGUGGAUCAGAUUCGGCUGUUCAUAUGUGGGAAGUUAAUAUCAAUGCUUUAGAAGCCCAAUCUCGAUUAGGUGGCGAAGAUUUACUACCUUUCUAUGGUUUGUUAGAUGGUGGUAGAGAUGGUGAAUUAUUUGCGGAACUAGAAGAUUAUUUCUAUUAUGGUCAGAUUAGAAAUCAAGGUGUUGAUUCACAAGAAAUAAGAAAAGUAUCAACUAAAAUACAGCUGUCAGAAGUGCCAUUUGUUAUGAGAGCUUUAGGUUUUUACCCAUCGGAACAAGAGAUUGAAGAUAUGAUGAAUGAAGUGAAAUUUAGUGAAUAUGUAGAAACAGGUCAAUAUGUUGAAGAAAUAGAUUUAGGAGAAUUUAUCAAAUUAUAUGUAAAUCAUCGUCCAGCAUUUGGUUUGUCACCAGAUAAAGUAUUAGAAGCAUUUGAUAUACUUGGUAUACCUACUAGUGAAGGUUGUGCAGUUGAAAGAGGAGAACUUUUAGAUAUAUUACAGAGUAAAGGUGAACACAUGACCGAGUAUGAAUUAGCAGAAUAUUUAAGUACAUUGUUGGGACAUAAUUUAGAAGGUGGAAGCAGUGAAUUACAUAAUAUAGAUCCUGUUGAAGCUGGUGAAUUAAUAGAUCAGAAUUUACCUCAUCAAAUUACAGCAGACAUGUUCUCUAAACAAAUACUAGGAUUCUCAAUGUACACCGAUGCUGUAUCUGAUCAAUGAACAACAAUUAUACUACUGAGAUAACUAACAGGGUUAAUUUCAUAUUCUUUGAAUGGCAAGUCUAGAAAUAGGCAUAAAUAUAGGCUGUCAGGCACAAUCCCUCUGGUGCCUGUCAUUAUGUCUGGCACAUAUUUCAUUUUUAAAUGUUUUUAUUGAUACUUUUAAUACACAAAGCUAAAAAUGUUGGAGUACGGGUUCAGUAGUGUGUGACAUAUUUUCAGGUACCGGUACAUCUAAAACCAUUCUUUAGAGACCUGCAUGGCAUUGAUUGUUUUAUAAAAAUUAUAAGUAAUAUAAGACACAGUUCUAUGGAUUACACCUAAUGGUGCUUUAAAUAAAUUAAGUGUUCGUGAACCAUGGUUAGAAAUACAUGUAUAUUUUUUUAAAUGGUUAAAUCAUCUUCUGAAACAUUCCCCAGACUGAUUUUAUUUCAACACUAAAUAUUACAUAAAGUAAUUUUAAAGAAGUUUCAUUGUUUUUACGAACAUAUUUUCAUUACUUAUGAAUUCAUUUAAAUAUUAUCAUGUACUGUAUAUUCAGUUUGUUUAGAACCUUGAAUGGGAUAUGUAUAUGUACUAAUAAAUUUUAUCCUGAGGACUGUGAUAUUUUGUAUAUAUUUUCUUAUAUAAUAUUUAUUGUAAAAAUGAUAUAUUAUUAUAGUAUAUUAAUGUAUAAAUUACAUUAUUAAAG